AUGGCGAAAGUUACGCCGCAAGCAGAGAAGGUGUCGAAGAUUGACAGCGAGGAGUAUGUUGAGGAGGUUGCUCUGGCAAGAUUGACAGAAGAAGACUUGUGGACGAUCUCGCAGGAGUCACUGAGCCUUUGGUCAUGGACUGGUUUUCGCUUGUUCCUUAUCAUGCUCGUUCAAGGCUUUAAUCAGGCUGGCUUUGGAGUGGACUGGGGUGUGAUUGGUGGCAUUGACGCAUUGCAGGCAUGGCAUGACUACUUUGGUUUCGGUACCGCGGGAAGUACCUACGGAUUAAUCAAUGCAUUGAUGAGCAUUGGAACAGUCUGCGGUGCUCCAUUCAUGGCCUUUGCCGACGUGAUCGGUCGUCGGGGCAUCAACUUCGCUGGAAAUGCGAUUGUGAUCCUUGCUGCUAUCUUGCAGGGCUGUGCCACCAAUCUAAGCAUGUUCAUGGCGGGCCGGUUCUUCAUGGGCUUCGGUACUGCUUUGAUGUCAAGCUCUCAGUAUAUUGGUGAGAUUUCUCCGGUUCACCUCCGUGGCCGCAUGGUUGGUUUCUUCGGUGCCUGCUUCCAGGUAGGCAGUUUGGUCAUGCUCGGUGCUAUGAUCGGGCUUGACAACCUGCCUGGAAACAAUGCCUGGCGUAUUCCUCUAAUCCUCGAAGCUGUGUUCCCGGCCCUCGUAUGCCUGACUAUCUUCUUCUUGACCCCGGAGUCGCCUCGAUGGUAUGUCAUGAGGGGCCAGCGCGAGAAGGCCAAGAAAGUGAUAGCCAAGUACCACACCACCAGUGGUGACAUCAAUGAGCCAAUUGUUGAGAUUGUGGUCACCCAGAUGGAAGAGUCUUUGGAAAACGAUCGAGCUGGCUUUUCUGAGUUCUGGGAUUAUCGAGUCUUUUUCACCAAGACUGUUCGCUACCGGCUUUUGGUUCUGACACUCUACUCGAUCUUCCAGCAGUGGAAUGGUGGCGGUAUCAUCACAUACUAUAUGACACCGGCACUGGAGACCAUUGGAGUCAACACCACAAAGCAACAGCUGGGAAUCACAAUCGGGAGCACAGCGACUUAUUUUGUCUUUACCGCGGUUGGAGCACUGUUGGUUGAUAAAUUCCGCCGACGAACCCUUAUUUUCUCUGGCUUGAUCGCGAUGAUCAUUUUCCAGACUGCGGUGACCAUCACAUCCUGGCAGUACAGCCUCACCUCUAGUCAUGCCGCUGCCGCACUGACCAUUCUCUGGAUUUUCCUGUACCAAACAUUCUCUGCGUCUCUCAUCGCUACGAUGCACAAUCUUUACCCUGUGGAGGUGCUCUCUCUGGCACUCCGUGCGAAGGGCAUGGGUCUGUACAGUCUGAUCCAAGGUGGCGCAAGCGCUGUUCAAAGCUAUGGCAUUAGCGUGGGGAUCGCCAAAGUUGGUUACAAGAUUUGGGUGGUGUAUAUCGCAUAUAACUCUGUCCAGCUGGUUCUGUCAUACUUCUUCUUCCCUGAAACCAGUGGACUGACCUUAGAAGAGAUUGAUACGAUAUUUGAGACCCCUGGAGUGGCACCUGUGAAGAUGUCCCUGGAUAUGGAAAAAGCAAAGAAAGAAAGGGCUUUGGCCAGACGGGAUGAGGAAGGCAGAUCUGGACUGUGA